AUGAGUGCCAGGACACGUUCGGAGAUUAUUAAAUUGAUCCGUUACUCCGAAUCCCUUAAUUCAAAGGUUUCUGAAGAUUCUAGGGAAGCUCUGAGGAGUUUAAUUGAUCAAGGUGAAGCUAUUGGUCAUCUGGUGCAAUACUAUUCUCAUACACAAUCUUUUCGGGCUUUAGAUUUAUUGUGUCGGAUAAAGGAGCCUCACGAUUCAGAGUUAUGUAACCGAAUGCAAGAAUGUUUUGGAAAAAAUCCGUUAGCGACUAUCAUUCUUCUUGGACAAAUAGUUCAGAAGGCUCCAAGCUGGCUGACAAAAUUGUGUGAACAUUCACUUUUUGCGCAUCUCCUAAAAUUACUCAAUACAACGAGCGACACUGUAAUCAUGGUCGGUGGGAUCCUUUUCAUCUCGUCUUUGAUACCGCAUUGCUCCACCCUUAAGCGGCCUUUACUGCAAGAUUUGUUUCGAAUAUUACUUGCAGCGUGCGCAUUACUUUACAACAAAAAAAAGUUGUUGGAGAAGGGUUUGGAUAAUGAUUACUUAGGCCCCGUUCAUGUCUCUCACUUGUACUGCGUUAUUAUUCAAUAUUUCGUUGUUUUAUACGGUAUUUAUCCUAAUAACCUUUUGGAAUACCUAAGGGAUUGUUAUACAAAACACCAUGACGAGCACGCACUCUCUAUUUUAGAACCUGUUUAUGGCGUUGUGAGAUUUCAUCCACUCCUGGCUAAAGGCACAACAGACCAGGAACUCAAUCGGAGUAGAUGGUCUCAGCGCGAAGCACAUGAUUUUUCUGCUGAUUGUAGGCAUAUGAUGGUACGGCCGGUAAUUGAGGGUUCAGUAAAUGUUCUGGCUAAAGCGUCACCUAAUCACUCAGAAUCAUCUGCAGUCAACUUAAAUGUUUAUCAUUUUCCUCCAAAAGUCCCAAGCAGCCACUCGUCGUCAAAUUAUCAGUGGAAUGAUUCAAGAUGGAAUGAUAGUCCAAGCAUUAAUCUGGGUGUUGAAACACCUCCGGGUACUAGAUCAACUUCUCCAACAGCGCAGAAGCAAAACAUGCAUUCAUCCAACACGAUAGCUUCCAAAUGUUUUUUAAGUUGUGAGAGUUCCAGACUAAGCUUCUUACUUAUCUUUUCAUGGUUAGUGCCCAGCAGUGGGUCGUUUCAUUCUGCUGAUGGUUCUGAGGAGGUACGUAGAACAAAACGAGACUCAUUUUCUCGGAAGCUCGUUGACAUGGUUAGAGGACGGAGGGAUGGUGCUUUUGCCUUAGUGAAGGAGGGCAAUCGUCCUUCAUUGCUUGAAAAACUAGAAGCCACCAAAGAGGAAGUUGGCGAUAUUGAAGUGAUCGAUGCAGUAAUAGACGAUAAAAGUCAUGCGAGCGUAGGCAGUCAUGUAGAGGAAGCGAUAGAUGCCGCUGAGGCACAUGAUUCUCCUACUCCGACGUUGCCUCAAGAUUCUAAGAUCGACGAGGGGCUAGUGGCGUCUUACAAUAAGACAUCGCAUCCCCCGCCGAAUAAAAGGGGGAGAGAAGAGAAUUUAGAAAACUAUUCUGUACGCUCACGAUCUGCUUCAUUAGCACGGGAAAAUUCGGCUUCAAUUAUAGCUGAGAAACCAUCAAGCGUUUUUGCCAACGAUAUGCAUCAUCACAGCUUUACGCUUUGUAAAAUUAUGGAACAUGAAAGUUGUAAUUUAAGUCAUCGUGCUUAUUCUUGUCCAAGCCUGGUGAAGGAAGAAUUGGAAGGGUCUAGUCAAAAUAUUUUGGUUAUUGACGAGGCAAAGAAACGUUCGGUUCCUGUAACUCUUCCGACGUCAACCUUGGCCAGCUUGAUCGAAAAGGAGUUUCCGUAUUUGGCAUUCUUGCGAACGCUGCUUUUACCAGAUGCUGGUGCCUUUUGUAUUCGUUUAUUUUUGAUAGAGCAUGAAGGGGCGAUCGAUAGUGAUUUAAAAAAAGAACAAGAGAGGACAAGAGAACUUUAUAUGGAAGCUAGUUUAGAGCACCAUAAAAUUUUGAAGCGGAUGUGCUUAGCUGAUCGUCUCCCUGCAAAGAUCUAUGAUGACAUGUCGAAUUUGAUUCAAGGUCUACCUUUGGAAAAACAGAGGGAAAUUUUGAUUAGCCGUCUUGCCUUAGUAAACCAGCAUCUUAUGUACGAACGCUCUGGAAGGUUGUUGCAUGCGGAACGCAACAGAAGACUGUUUGGUCGCAUUAAACAGCAGAAGCUUUCUGAUGCUCAAAUCAUCACGCUUCAAAAGGAACUUCAUGAAGCUCAAGGGGUAAUUUUGAACGGAUAUUUGAAGAGACGAGAAGAGCUUGUCAACGCGUUAUCGGGACUUCGGAAAAAGGAGAAACUGGCAUUGAAAGAACGACAGGAAUCUGAAGCGCGUUACAGAGAAAAAUUGCGCCAGUUGAACAUUGAAGCUGAGAAGUCCAGAAACGAACUUGAAUUUUUAAAACUUAACAUGGAAAGGAUUGCCGAAGAGAAAGAAAGACUUGCGAAGGAGAGAAGUGAUUUGCAAAGAAGAUGUGAGGACGGAGAAGUUUUGAGGAAAUUGACGGAGGCUAAAGUCACGGUUUUGGAGGCAUCACGUUUGGAGUUACGAAAAGCUCAUGAAACUAACCAAGCUCUUCGCGACAAGUUGGCUUUGAAUGAAUUGAAAGCGAAAAAACAGAAUGCCGGAAUAACUUCUGUACUUCCGAUCUCUGGUGAGCGUGAUGAGCGGGCUUUUUCUUCCCAGGUUGAAAAACUAAGGAAAGAACUUCGAAACGAACAAAAUGCCAAUGAAUUGCUUCGAAUCAAAAAAGCAGAAAUUGAGGAGGAUUGCAAAGCAAAGAAGGAGAAGUGUAUGGAUCUUGAGGCAUUGCUAGAAAGGGCUGCUGUGGUUCAUAAGCAACAAAGUGAUGCUGCUCAGCAUAAGUAUUUGUCUUUGUUAUCUGUGUGUCAGAAACAGCAAACACAUAUAUUAGAGUUAUGUGCCUACAUUGAGCAGCAGUUAGGCAGACGAACACCAGUGAUGGAAGGAUCAACUGCACCAAUACCGCGAGGCGUUGUACCUGAAGAGAUUCUUUCGUUUGAUAGCCGUGGUGACUCCGAUAGUACAGGGAUUUUUAACAACGUGGUCUCUCCUUCUGAAGCUUUACACACAAGCGGUCUUUUCGGUUUUUCUCCAGUUAUUGUUGAUGAACUUACGAGAAGAGAAAGCGAAUUUCAAUCUCAACAGGACGAACAGUGGCAGGAGUCGUAG